GUGCUGCAAGGAUCGUCGUCGUCAUACGUUGAGGAGAGCUUCAAAAUUAUUGAAAGUGCGUCGUGACUGAAGAUCCUCGGAACAUCCCAAUUUAACGCAAUGGCGGAUUACGAUGCCGCGGCCGCCCUUCUGCUGCUUAGUUCCGGGGGAUUGUCGCCACAAACAAUAGACAGCGAGAAGAACAAUAACCGUAGAAGCGAUGGUGCGACAAAGGAAAACAUGAUUCCUAUGCAUACUCGCGGUUCGGCCAACAAAGCGACUGUAGCGCAGAAACAAACGCCCGCGUUGGGCGCUUCCGGUGGUCGCCAGCAGAACGUCUUACAGAACAAGGUCAUCCCACCGGAAGUGAACUCGCAAACGACGCCAUUACUGAAGGUUAAACGCACGGGAUUGUAUACGCCAGAACGAGAAGCGGCGAUCGUAAAGAAAACCAGGACUCGCUUCAUCCUGCCGAAGAGAGAGCUACCGACACUACCAUCCGGACAUAGUUCCCCCGAACAGCAGCUCGGUCGAUGGGAUGAUAGUAGGACCUCAUCGCCAAUCAUUCCAAACGCAGCGAUCGGUCAGCCUCCCCCUGCUACCAGUGGUUGUGAUCGAAACUACGGUAGUGGCAGCGACGGGGAACUGGAACGGUUGCUACACAAGGAAGUAUAUGCCAGUCCCGGAAUGCACGGAUUUGCGAUGCAGCUGAAUACUGCUGGCACGGAGGAGAACCGCUUCGUCGUCAGCUCACCGGAACCGCUCAUGAUCACCAGAAGCAUGAAAGCGGAGACAACUGCCACCGACGCCAGCUCCAUCAGCGGAAUCCACAAAGUGCUGUAUGAUGAUGAAGGCGAUGGUCCUUCCGCUACCGCCGCCGUAGCUACUGCGUCUCACAGUGUGUCAAACCUUCGCCCUGUUCGGAAUUCCAUCGGUAUCGGCAUGGUGAAGGCGGAGGAGAAGGCACAACUUUCACCAUCCGAUUCGGGUAACUCCUCCAUUCACGACGAAAUACUGCAAUCCGGACUGAUCAUACAGGCGUGGACGAGGGGAUCCGACAUUACCGCAGGACUUCCGGAAAAUGUCAAGAUAGAACUGCACAACAUUCUCCAGACAUCGCUUUACAACAAGGAGUGCUACACGAAGGAGAAAAUGGCGGAAUUUCCGAUGGAUGUUGGCUAUCAUCCUAACAAAUCGCGACUUCGCAAAGAGUAUUCGAACGAUGCAGAGGCGGCGGAUCGGGCGAAGAAUAAUCUUGCCUCGCGUCGGUCGCGACAUAAGAAAAAGAUGGUCACGCAGCUAAUGAACAUCAGCCUGGAGUACGAUCGCCAGGAAAACCGUCAACUCUUCAUGCAAGAGCGCUGGUUGACGAACUUGAUCUUCGAGCUGGAGGACAAGGCGCUACAGCAGGGUAUCGAUACGCAGGUACUACGAAAGCUAAGAGCGGACUGCGGCUUUCAGUGAGUACCAAAGUGGCUUGGGGAAUGGGGAAGCUGUUUUUUAAAGCAAAAGUUAAACGAAGGGUUGUGAAUCCGGAUAGUCUUGCGAUAGAAUGAGAAAUGUUCGUUUUGUUCUAGUGUAGUUUAAAAUAUUUAUUGACUCUGUCUUGCCGUACUGUAGACCUAUAUAGUGUACACUCACUCUCUUUGCAA